CACUCGCACUCACUUCCUCUGGGAUUGCAUCAACACUGAUGGAUGGAGGACGAACAGCACACGCAGCAUUAAAAUUGCCACUGAACAUCGCCAAUGAACAGCACCCAACCUGUAACAUCAGCAAAACAUCUGGGCAGGCACAAGUGCUAAAAAUCUGCAAAGUCAUAGUGUGGGAUGAAUGUACUAUGGCUCACAAGAAAUCCCUUGAAGCCCUUGACAGAACUCUACAAGAUCUCAGAGGAAACAAUGAACUGAUGGGAGGAGCUCUGGUCCUUUUAACUGGUGACUUUCGUCAAACGCUUCCCGUCAUUCCAAAGUCGACGCCGGCAGAUGAGCUUAAUGCUUGCCUCAAGGCUUCCGUUCUUUGGAGACAUGUGAAGAAAAUGACAUUGCAAACUAAUCUGAGGGUCCAACUUCAAGGAGAUGCAAAUGCACAACCUUUUGCAGAGAAGCUCCUUCAAAUUGGUGAAGGUACUUUUCCCACUGAUUUGACCUUAGGUGAAAUCCACUUUCCACAUGACUUCUGUACGAUUGUGACAUCAGUUGGUGAACUUACAGAUAAGGUUUAUCCAAACAUUUCUGAAAAUUUCAAACAACACUCCUGGUUGUGUGAAAGAGCCAUCCUCGCGGCUAAGAAUGAUGCGGUCAAUGAAAUCAACAAGCACGUUCAAGACAUGAUUCCAGGGUCCAUGACAGAAUACAAAUCCAUCGAUACAGUAGUGGAUGCUGAUGAAGCUGUGAAUUAUCCAACCGAGUUCCUCAACUCCCUUAAUCCACCUGGGAUGCCAUCUCACCGCCUGCCACUUAAAGUAGGAUCGCCCAUCAUGCUGCUUCGAAACCUCGAACCACCAAGGUUAUGCAAUGGCACCCGGCUGUGCAUCAAAACACUGCUGCCCAACGUCAUAGAAGCCACAAUACUGACUGGGAAGGGGCAGGGUGAGGAUGUGUUCAUCCCUCGCAUUCCCCUGAUCCCAUCCGAUUUGCCCUUUCGUUUUAAGAGACUGCAGUUCCCCGUGAGGCUGGCAUUCGGAAUCACCAUCAACAAGGCACAGGGCCAGUCAAUCAAAUACUGUGGGAUUAACUUGCAGUCACCGUGCUUUUCCCAUGGACAGUUAUAUGUGGCAUGUUCUAGAGUAGGUUCCCCAAAUAAUUUGUUUGUUUAUGCGCCAGGUGGGAAAACCAAAAAUGUUGUUUAUAAACAGGCUUUACAAUGAACUCACUGUUCUGCCAUGUUGAUGUGUUUAAAAGCUGUAUUUUUUCAUUAUUCCAGAAGUUCUCAAUAACAACAAUGAAUUACCAUGUAAAAGGGAAGAUUAAACAAUAAAAUGUUUUUUUUUCUCCUCACUGAUUGACUCAUUCCUACAACUGUAAAUUGGAAAAAAUUCUACUACAUAAUAUUAGAAAAGGCAUUACCUGGCAAAUACAUAGAUAGGUUGAUUUUGGGCUGAUGGAAGUAACACCACAUCAGCUAUACAAAUGUAUAAAUAGUACUGUUUAUAUGGUUAUGCAUUUUCUAAUACGUUUAUUCUUAAAAUCCAAAAUCCAACAAUGACUAUUUCUAAUACAUAUCCUUACCAAAUGAACCCAGGCAAUGUCAGGUACUUAGGCAACAUGAUGUUGUCCAUCUACAACCUUAUGCAUUUUAUUAAUGGAAUAAUUCAUUUAAAAUAAAUUAAAAUCCACAUUUCAAAUAACCCGGGCAUCGCCAGGUUCCAAGCAGGUAUAGUAAUAAAAGUCAGUGUUUAUGUGUGUGUGUGUAUGUAUGCGGCGGUGUAUAUUUCCGCCCUGGGCUCUGACUCCCACAGACCACUGCAACCCCCCAUAAAAGAUGCAUCUGGAGCAGUUUGGACAAGGAUGGACCACAGACGAAGGAAUUUGCAGUACCAUCACCUGCUUUACAGACCACACAACCCCCACCAAUGACAGACUAGGACCAAGCCUGGAACACAAACUCCCUAUGACUUUCAGCCCUGGAGAAGUUUAGUGAAGGAUGGAACAUGGAUGAUAGGAUCUGAAGUACCUUCACCCACAUCCAGAGACUAUUCCUAACCCCCUCAGUCAUGUAUCUGUACCAAACAUGGCACAGACCCCCAUGACUCCUUUUAUAUACUGGUGAGGUUUUUGGGAGGAUUGACCACAGACGAUGGGAUUUCCAGUACCUUCAGCCCCAUCCAGAGACUACUGCAAACCCCAUCGGCCAUAGAUCUGCAUCAAUGGUCCCAUUCAUAACAUCCAAAAUAACUCAAUGCCUUUCUCAAAUAACCCGGGCACCGCCGGGUCCCCAAGCUAGUUGCAGAAUAAAUGAAUACAGAUAGCUGUGAAUAGAUUUUGACAAAGUGCAUUGUCAGAUUUCAUUGCACUUAUUAAGAGAAUAUGGAUGUUUGUGAAAAGACAUGUCAGUUUCCAAUCCAAACAGGUGAGAGAAUAGGAUGGAACAUGUGUGUGUUUUCCUAGUUUCUCCCCUACACAGAAAAGUAUAAUGCAUUGUACCUUAGUAUCUACACUAACCAUUCAAUACAGCUUCAAACUGGUAUUGAAGAAAGUUGUUUCUCUGUGCAGAUUAAAUAGGAAAUAUUGGAAUCAGUUGGAGGUCCAAAUGGUGAUUCUACAAACUACAGAGCAUUGAUGAGCAUCAAGGGCUUUCUUUUAUGUGCUUUUGUGAAAGCCUGUUGUAUAGCCACCACAGCUUAAAGCUAGCUGUGAACAGCAUUGAAUAAUCAUGUAGAUAUGGCCUUGGUUUCAGGCUGUCUAGAAACUAGGAAGUGGAUGGAAAAAUAUACUUCUGUUUGCAUCAUUGAAAGAUUGAUGGCUAUUCCAUUCAUGUCCUCACCCCAGUUCAUCAGCAUAAUAUAAAACGGGAAAUUACAAAACACUGUCCAGGAACACAUUUUCUCCAUUAACUGGAGCAUUCCUGUACUGAACAAAAAGUUCACUUGGGCAAAAUAGCAAUUUACCUACAUGUCUUUGUUGCCAAGAAAAAGAAGUUAUGUUUUAUCUUUUGAAAAUAAAGAUUCAUAAGAUUCAUAAAAUGCUUUGAUUAAACUACUCCAUUUUUAUAUAGUCCAAGAAAUAUCACAUAUAACAUCACCUGUGCCCAAGAUAAAUUUAUAACUGUCCUAUUAUUAUCUUUUGAAUUUCUUUGGUCUCAUAUAGAAGACAGCUCAUAUUAUCGUGUGGCAGGAAAAGUAUUUUUGCUGUACGGUUGAAAGUUAUCAACGCCAAAGAAAGAAAAUCUCUGUGGUGAAGGAGGUCAGAUGGAGCCAGGGUGCAGAGGAUAUAUUUUUUCACAUAGUCUUAUUUUCCCUGCUAUGUGAAUCACACCUUCACAGACGCUCUUAAAGUGAAAAAACUUGGCAAGAGCCAAUAAGGGCAGCAUGAAAGAUAGGAAAAUAAAUCUCCUAGGAAUG